GAACCAACAGAAUCACGCAAAAUUUAGGUAAAUAUGUAGUUAAUGGCCAAGAGCCCUGACAUACCAGUCUCGGUGCGUGGGAUGGAUGGAAGCAGAGCCACUUCAUGAGAGGAGAACAACUUGACUCAUGCGCCAAAAGACAUGCCGCACUCAGCUGAAGCUGCUGCCUACCUCAGGCUGCCCGAUAACUUGCGAUGCCUGAGCAUCACCGAUGAUUAUCCAAAUCGAUGAUCAAAUCCUGCAUAGUAGAGAGUCUGGGGAGAUUCAGGUCGUAAGAUCCGACCCUGCCGGCGUGAAUAAUCAAUUCAAGAACCUGAACUUGGAUGUAACAGUGGUUGCGCAGUCACGCAGCUCAAUCUUGGAUGAGUGGUAGGCAUUCACGGUUAUUAUUAUCUGCCUAAGACAACGGUUACUCAAAUCAUUCCGGAGUCUUGCUGCUACGGCCGUCACUCUCCUUGUCCGUCUCACAGUCUCAAUCUCGCUGCUCACAGCCUGCGACACCGAGACCAGAUCUGCAAUUCUGAGCAACACAGGCACUGCCAUAGCAGAAGGGGCUGGCCCUGUCGAUCGAUCAUGACUGUAAUUGAACAUUGAAUCACACCGACUGUGCUCGACUCGCGACCUACCAAGCGUCGGAGUGGAGGUGCAGCCAGAUAGUCCAGGCCAUUAGCAUUCCAUUCUGUCGAGCAUGGCAGAAUCAAAAGGAACAAUUCAACGAGCUUUCAUCCAGUCUCUCGACUGAAAUGAUUGUCGUGGUUGCUGUUGGCGUGGGGUCUCCAGGCGGCGGUUGCUCUGAUCCGGAGUUGUAUUUGGGGGCGCCUGUCUGCCAUUUUGACGCCUGGGAACAACACUCACAGCCCCCUAGAAUCCCUGUAGAUGUGUCGCUCCGGGCUACCCAGACAGGCACCCGGGCAGCCUGUCAUCGACUCAUCACUCUGACAGACGCGAGGUUCAGGCGCCAUCCGCCCUCGAUCCGCGUGUCCGCAGCCGGCGGCCUCACGUCGAGUCAGGCAUCAGCCACCAACCAUUUGACCAGGCCUCGACAUCUAUCACCAUCGCCAUCAACAUCCCUUGCACAACUGCAGCUCUCACUGGCCUUGGACUGCUCUUACUCAGCUUCAAUGCUGCCCUUGGGUCCUCCCUACAUUACCCCUAGACACCGCCAGAUGGGCGGAUUACAUGGAAUACUGGCUUUGGGCUUUCAAUCCAGCAUUUGCAUUUUAAACUCCCCCUUGUCCGAGACGACUCGGUAUCACCUACCACAAGACUGUAGUAUACGACAGUAGUAGUCGUUGACCCCCUUGCUCGCUCCCUCACUUCCGCGACCCUGGUCGAUACCCCGUGGCUUGCGCCUCGAGCCUAGCGACACUAAACACCCAAGUCUGGGAAGUCGGUCAGUUGCCUGUCGAACAGGGUGUCACAUUCGUUCUCCUAGAGAAUCAUACGUCCUCUCGUCUGCACCACUUCCGGCGGUCAGUAGACCGACACGAAACGAACCAGGCCUUUCAAGCCGGUUCUUUGCCAGUCAGCGCUGCGGAACGAGGCGAACAAGAGCAUGAAUCAUAAUCACACUCUGAAUAAACAGGUUGAGUGGUGGCAUUACUACCUAGUAUUGGCUGGCAUACGGCUUGCGCAGACCGAGUUUUGGAACACACAUAAUAAUACUUGUGUCUGCCUGCUCUUCGAGUUGCCACGAAAACCAUGGACUUUGGUCUCCUGCAAAUACGACCUCAAGUUCUACAGACUAUUCUCAGAGCAUCACACGAGAACUCCUUCUGUAGCCCCCUGCGUUCAUCACGGCGGACUGAAACCAGCGAUCCCAGUGUGCCAGUGGCAUACCAGCCUCUCUAACUUGUCGCGGCUUCAGUUGUUCGCGGAACCACGGACACGGUGCCAAAAGCGACAGGCCAGGCCUGCCCUUUCUGCCAUCCUCCCCCACAACCCGACGCACAGACCGGAGCCCACGAACAACGGGCCUCAACCUGGCUUUUCAAGUGUCGGUGCCAGUGCCAUCGCCUUCAGUUGGGUUCCACCGCCGCCAACCUUGUCGAACCCACACUUACAGUGACAGUGGGCCCCCCGUCUGUGCUGCAGUUCCGAUCAAAGACCCAAAGCCCAACUCUGGACCGACCGAGGUCGCAUUGCAUCCGAUACACCGGGUUUUCCCUUUUGGCCAUUUAGUUCACUUCUCUCGGGUCAAGGUCACCGUGACAGAUCCAAAUCAAAAGAGACCAGACCGCACGGGGAAGGGGGGCCACACAGAGCUCCCACGAUUAUAAUUGCUUCUAUCCACCCCCGUCUGGCCCGACAACUACUGGCAUACAUAUUCACAUCCAUAUCCUCUCUCUUCUACAGCACUGGAAUCGCUUCUACUCCAUCUUCUGUAGAAGUGUGAACGGACGCGCCCACCGAUCAACGCGCGGCAAGUUGGCCGCUCAGAUCCCACAUCACUUCUCCAAGUCACCGCGCGCGGUUCCCUGAGAGCCCCCAGGUCCGAGCCCGUGUUUUUGCCGGUCGCCCACAAACACCCGUGUCGCGCCUCCCGGCCUUGCAGAUUAUACAUUAUUAUUGCAUCACCACCCGCAAACAGGGCGCCGCCACAACACCAGGAAAACAAAACCCCGAACUAAAAGACCCUGGCAGCAAACACGCCCGAUCAACAUAUCAAUAACCUCCCUCGCCCGAGUGCACCAGUCUCCAGUACGGCACUCGUCCGUCGCGUUGUUCCACCAGACUUCAAUACAGACAAGAUGUUCUUCAGCUCGCCUACCUCCAACAUCACUCCUGCUAUGACAUCGGUGGCCAUGUCGCGCUCAGACUCCCGCGACUCGACUUCUUCGACCACCUCGUCCAGAUACAACCAUUCAGGCGCGCCUUCGUCCGCCUACGCAGCACUUAUCAGUGCCUCGCCUACCUCGUCGUGGCCCAUGUCUCAAGGCCUCACUCGCUCAGACAGCACUGCCUCCAGCACCACGUGUCAAUCCCAGAGUUCCUCGCUGGCAAUGCGCCGCGACAGCAGCAACUCAACGUGGCUUCCUAGCCCUUACCGAUCUUGCAUGUCGUCCAAUGGCGCCGAAGCCACCUCGUACCUCUCGGACGAUGACCUCCUCGGUCUGCCCGAGAAUCUAAGCCUGCCCGUCGAGACUAUUCCCGCGGUUGCUCCUCAAAAGGAACUCACCACUGAAGAGCAAAUCGCCUAUCUACGGGAGAUUCAAGAGAGAGAAGCCGCUCAUCAUCAUCACCAUCAGCACCAUGCAGUGGGACAUCGCGCACACGACGCCGAUGCCCGCCGCAAAGUCGUCCGCUUUGCCAGCCAACACGAUGUGGCGAGCAGCGGCAGCAAGUCUCGUCGACCUAGCACGAUCAAGCGACGCCAGACCGGCCUCCGACGCUUGAAUGGACCUCAAUGAGACUGACUUGUCGUCUCUUGUUGCCUUCGGGUGCGUGGUCCGAGGCUGGUUCCUGGGAUCAUGCAAAGUACGACUUGACUGAUUAAUUUGAGCGAAUAUGAAUCUACGGCCUGCAGUAUCCUGCUGUACUAUAUCUUGCUAGCGGAGCGAGCAUUUCUUGCAUAUGGGUCUAUGGGAAAUAUGGGAACUAUGCAGUCUACGACCGAUACCCUGCCUAAUAUUGGCAAUCAUGAAUUUGUACCAACUUGAAUGGUGAUAAUGGUUGAGUUGGGCUGAACUCCCAUUACUUUUUUUUUGCUCAGGACUUGGUGGGGAGCAGAGCAACCGGAGCACUGGUCUCCGAGCGAGAGCCAUAGUGUGAUUUUUGAUAUCCGGCUAAUUUUCUUCAAUACUAUACCCGAUGUUGAACUACAAGCAAUUGAACUAUUCUGAAUACUCUUCCGUUCCACUGCAAGCUAUCUGAUUCUGUCUCAUUAUUGUGUUCUAUCGGAUUCUGCAAGCAAUCGUUGCCGUUGGCGUCGUGUUUAGACUCUCCAUCUGACCGGACUGGGAUCGCUUCGCUUCAGAUUUCCGCGCAAACCUUGUUUCUGGCGCGCGACCCCGGGAGUGACAAUCAGCGUCUGACCGUGCGAUCGGAUUGCAGUGCAUCUCGCAUCGCAUUGCAUUGCAACUGCACGGCCCUUUGGUCCGCCAGCCACUGCAGGUCUCCUACGAUGAUUUAUUACCAUGUCCAAGAUGCCAGUGACUCGGAACACGAGUAAUUACCUCAUGAAAGAUGGAAGGCGAACGAACCAAGUCGAGUCGAUCUCUGUUUGACAUCUGCCGUUCAAGUUAUUACUGGUUGCUUGCAGAACAGCAUUGCUCGAGAAACUUGACACGAGGGGGUUUCCGCGACCAUUAACGCCCAUUGCCGGUGGUUGUGCGCCGGUGGUCGUGGUCGGCCACUCUCCGACUUCAAGACAUUAUUGCAGUGCGGUGCUUGGUGGUUUGGGACUUGGUUCCGGAUCGAUUGCAUUAUCGAUUAAUUUGAUCAUGAUCAUUUAACCGUGCCAACCACUACUACUGUACCGUUAUUGCAGUCGAGAAUUCGAGAAGAUUUUUUCACACUCCAGUAUCUAGGCCUGUACUGUAGUUGUGCUAUGCUUCAGUGCAGUCAGUGUGAACAAUGAUGUUGUUUUGUGGUAAUACUAUAGUAGUGAGUGCAAGCAAUUUGCAUGUGAAACUCCAGUUGAACCGUAGCCGGCG